AUGAGACAUCAUCAAAAAAUUUGCAAGAGCAAAGUUGUAACUCAAGAUGAUUCUCAGCAGAAAAACGUUGCUCAUGUAGCUGAUCAUGAAGAGGAGGAACUAUUUGUAGCCACUUGUCUUGCAGCAAAUCAUUCAAAUGACAAAUGGCUCAUUGAUAGUGCCUGCACCAAUCAUAUGACGUUUGACAGGGAUUUAUUCAAGGAUCUGGAUACGUCGUUUAUAUCCAAGGUGAAGAUUGGCAAUGGAGAAUAUAUCGCAGCGGAAGAAAAAGGCACAGUUGCAAUAGAAACUUUGAAAGGUACAAAAUUUAUUCGAGAAGUAUUAUUUGUACCUGAUGUUUCUCAAAAUCUGCUCAGUGUUGGUCAGCUUCUUGAAAAUGGCUUCAAAUUAUUUUUUGAGAGCAACCAUUGCUUAAUCAAAAAUUCAAAAGAUGAAGAUAUUUUUAGAGUGAGGAUGAAAGGGAAAAGCUUUGCACUAGAACCCCUACAGGCAACAUUCAAAUCAGAAGUGGCUGGUGUGUUCUGGAACUUUAAGAACUGGAUUGAAAAACAAAGUGGCUGCAAAAUUCAGACUUUGAAGUCUGAUAAUGGGAAGGAGUAUACGUCUGCAACAUUCAGUAAGUAUUAUGAGGAGGCUGGAAUUAAUCAUCAACUCACUGCUCCAUAUACUCCUCAGCAAAAUGGAGUCAGUGAACGAAAAAAUCGUACAGUAAUGGAGAUGGCCAGACUUCCUACAAAAGCAGUUGAUGGGAAGACACCUUUUGAAGCUUGGUAUGGUUACAAACCUUCUUUAAAAAAUUUAAAAGUGUUUGGCUGCCUGUGUUUCACUUAUGUGCCUCAGAUUAAAAGGGACAAGCUCGACAAAAAAGCUGAAGCUGGAAUUUUCGUGGGAUACAGCUCAGUUUCAAAGGCUUAUAGAAUUUUUCAACCUAAUACGAGAAAAAUUCAAAUAAGCAGAGACGUGCAUUUUAUGGAAGAUGCGAAAUGGAAUUGGGAAGGAGAUCAGGCUGGAACCAUUCCAAAUCAAGAUUCAAAAUUAAUAAAACUGAAUGGUGAUGGCUCUAUAAACAAGCAUAAAGCGCGGCUUAUCGUGAAAGGGUAUGCCCAAAUCCCUAGUGUAGAUUUUUCGGAUACUUUUGCUCUUGUUGCCAGAAUUGAAACAAUCAGGUUGCUACUGGCCAUUGCUGCUCAAAAGGGAUGGAAAGUUUACCAGUUAGACAUCAAAUCAGCGUUUCUAAAUGGUUUUCUUGAAGAGGAGAUCUAUGUUGAACAACCAGAUGGGUUUGUCAUAAAAGAGCAAGAAAAUGAUGUGUAUCUGCUUAAAAAAGCGCUAUACGGCCUGAAGCAGGCACCGCGAGCCUGGUGUAGCAGAAUUGAUCAGCACUUGAUGCAGAAGCAAUUUGGAGCUUAUGAAUGA